UGCUCCAGGUAGAUGAACCCCGCUCAAAUUUUUUUUUUUGGGACAAAAAAAAAAGCCCCUUGUCCUUGCCUCUUUUUUUUUUCAGAUACAUCAUGUUGGCUCUCGGACGUUCUUUUCAUAAAUUGGCCAUUGUGUCUACCCCCCGAUUAGCUUCAGUGGGUGUCAUUCGUUCUUACGCUACUAAUAAAAAGCGCCAUGCAGCACUUGAUCAAGCCAAUGUACCUCAACUCGAUAAAAUCGACUCUAUUCUCGAUUACCCUCUUGAACAUCAAUCAACUUUGGAUCAACCCAAACUCUUUUCUAGUCAUCGUCCCUCUGAAGUGGUGCUUCAUGCUGUGAACGAUAUUGUUGAUACGCCUUUGAGUACGGCUGAACAAUCUCAAUUGAUGAAAAAAGCACUUGUGAUUAAGCGUGUCGUCAAUAUGAACGGUAAAGGUAAACAGCCCAGUAUGUAUGCUUUGGUGGUCGUGGGUAAUGGCCAUGGCCUUGCAGGUUAUGGUGAAGGUAAAGACGAAGAGGCCAGUCGUGCUGUUCGCAAGGCUACCAACCGUGCUAUCAAGAACCUUAGAUAUAUUGAUCGUUAUGACAACCGUACCUUGGCAACUGACAUUACACACAAAUUCCAUGCUACUACACUUGAAUUACGCUCAAGACCUCCUGGUUUUGGUAUUCGUACCAAUCAUUAUGUGCAUGAAAUCUGUCGAUGUAUUGGCUUACAAGAUAUCAGUGCUAAAGUGAGAGGAUCCACUACACCUAUGAAUGUCAUCAAGGCUACCUUUGAAGCAUUAUCGCACCAAAAGCAACCUCAAGAUAUUGCCAAGAUGAGAGGCAAGAAGCUAGCUGAUGUACAGCAUGUCUAUUUUGGUGGUCAAUAAAACAAUAGCAAUAAAAUCUUUAUUCAAAAAAGU